AUGUCCAAGACAACAUUUAAAGAAGCUUACAACUCAUCUUCUAGCUCCCCAGGCGUCAUUCAGGCAGUCCAUGACCCUUAUAGUCACGAUGAAUCCAAUUGCCCUUCAAUGCCGUCGUUGCCAAAUACCUGUAGUACUGAGAGCAGUACUUGUGUCAGCAAUGGUACUGGCAUUAGAUCUGACCCUCGUACCAAAGACACAGUCUCAGCUCAGCUGGAGUUAGAUUCUAGCCCACCAGGGAUUCUAGAUUAUGAAAAGGCUCUCCAGUUCUUGUUCUCACAAGCCAAACAAGACCCAUCGGCCAAAGAACUCUGUCAACAAAUUGAUUUAAACAUGGAUCCUCCCAUGCAAGCGGGUAUAUUACAGUAUUUGUUUCGAUUACAAAUGAUAGGUCGUAUACAAGAAUGGCCAUUACUCUUUGGGCCCGACAACUCGUUCAUUCUCUACUUGCUUAAAAAGAUGUCCAACCCAGAUGAAGCCUUGAAGAAUAGCAUAAAUGAAAAGAUAAUUUGGGAUCUUCGUCAAAAGGAGUCGGAAACCUGGUUUAAAAAUAGGAAACAAUCCAAAUAA